AUGAGACCGUAUUUGGCGGCACUUCUGAGCGCCGUACUCAUCCCAGGCGCACUCGGCCAUCAGGUACACGGGAUCCUCCUUGUGAACGGCACAGCGUCACGGGAAUGGCAAUAUGUCCGUGACGUGAAGUCCGCCUGGGUCCUCGCUCCAGGUGAAUUUGAGGGAAGCGAGUACCACAAGUCGACGGCCGAUGUCCUAGCCGGGUCCGAGGUCGGCUUCAAGGUUUCGUGGGCCGCCCAGGGAAAUCCAGGCUUUUGGCAUCCGGGCCCUGUCCAAAUCUACAUGUCGCGCGCACCCAAGGACGAUCUGGCGAGCUACCGGGGUGACGGGGACUGGUUCAAGAUUGCAUAUGGCGGGCCCGCUAACAACACAAACUGGCUGACUACGCCGCCGGGCAAGUACUUGCUUCGAAUCGAGCAAUUCAUGCCUCUCCCGGACAUGUAUAAUUGGACGGCCCAGUGGUACAUCAACUGCGCCCACGUGAACAUUAUCGGCCCCGGCGGAGGCACCCCGACGGGAUUCGCCAGAUUCCCAGGCACAUAUGAGCAGAAAGACCCAGGAAUCACAAUCACAACGGACUUGUUCGCCGAUGGCGGAGUUACGGAUGGGUUGGGGUUGCUAGAAUAUAAGCCUCCGGGGCCUGCCGUGUGGGAAGGCUAA